UCCCCAUGGGGUUGACAGCUACCUGACUUAUAAGGGAGAUGCCGACCCCUCAUGUUGAACACGGAGGAUCAGCAGGAGUGGUCAGCGAGUUAUUCACUGUAAACUUCAAGUCGCAGCCAUGGGUACAGACAACAUCGUUGUGAAUAAGCACACGCUCGAGGGUCUUGAUCUUGGUGACCCUCACACCAUUGAGCUUAUCCAGCGCGCUCAAGAUGGAAAUGCUGCGGACAGAGAUCUCACCAUCCGCCAAGCCCUCAAGAAAUACAGAAAGGCUGUGCUCUGGGCCUCCGUCCUGUCCAUCAGUCUGGUAAUGGAAGGUUACGACUUGGUCAUGCUAGGGUCCUUCUACGGCCUAACCCAGUUCCAAGACCACUUCGGUGAGUACAGCGCUAAAGAGGGCAAAAAGGUCAUCUCGCCAGCCUGGCAAUCCGGCCUCUCGAACUCGUCGCAGGUGGGACAACUGGCCGGCCUUUUGAUCAACGCAUGGGCACAAGAUAAAUUCGGCGCUCGGACUACAAUGAUGGUGUUUAUGGCGUAUCUUGUAGGCACCAUCUUCAUCCUCGCCUUUGCACCGUCUCUUUCCAUUCUGGCAUUUGGUGAAGCUUUGUGCGGUGUUGCUUGGGGUGUUUUCCAGACCUUGUCUACUACCUACGCUUGCGAAGUCGUCCCCACGAUUCUCCGUCCAUACGUCACCGCUUGGGUCUGCAUGUGCUGGGGCCUGGGUAUCUUGAUCUCAUCAGGCGUGGUGCGAGCAUGCCUAAACAUUGAGGGUAAUCUGGCCUGGAAGCUGCCCUUCUAUCUUCAAUGGGUCUGGCCAGUACCGCUAUUCUUCGUGGCGUACUUCGCUCCCGAAUCUCCGUGGAACGCCGUCCGUCGCGGUAAACUUGAGCUCGCUAAGACAUCUCUUCGGCGACUUGCUUCAGACGAUGGUGAUAGAGAAGGAGAGAUCGAGGCGAGCUUGGCGUACAUACAGCAUACCACUGCUUUGGAAAAGGCGGAAACUGGUGGAGCGUCUAUUAUUGAAUGCUUCAAGGGUACCAACUUGCGUCGAACCGAAAUUAACUGCGUUGUCUGGGCCGCCCAGAUCCUCUGCGGAAACGCCAUUCUCGGCUUCGUCGUCGUCUUCCUCCAAGCCGCAGGCUGGUCACAGGUCCAGUCAUUCAACCUAAACAUCUCUCUCUCAGCAUGCUACAUCAUCGGCGGCAUGAUCUGCUGGGUUCUUUUCCCUCGAUUCGGACGCGCGACCAUUUACAUGAGCGGCCUCGUGUUCAUGUUCUGCUGCCUGAUUGCCAUCGGAGCUCUCGGAUGGUCCACCAGCAAAGACGCUUAUCUCGCAGUUGGCCUACUCUUUGUGGUGUCGACUCUUUGCAACAUGAUCACCAUUGGGCCGGUGUGCUAUCCUAUUGUGGCUGAGACUCCUUCGGGAAGGCUUAGGUAUAAGACUAUUGUCAUUGGGAGGUUUGUGUAUAACCUUACUGCCAUCUUCAAUAAUUCUGUUACGCCAAGGAUGAUUUCGGCGUCCGGCUGGGGCUGGGGUGCAAAAACAGGUCUUUUCUAUGCUGGAACGAACGCACUUUGUCUUAUCUGGUGCUGGUUCCGUCUUCCUGAGACAAAGGACCGUACCUUUGGUGAAAUCGACAUUCUCUUUGAGAACCGUGUACCAGCAAGAAAGUUCAAGUAUACUAAAGCCGACCAAUUCGCACUUGAGAGUGACUAUGUGCAGGAAAAGGUUCGGCCAGCCGUUGACCAGAUUGAUUGAGUCAGUCGUCGCAUCAUAUCAAGAGUAGCCGAG